AUGGUCGGAGGCCAACCAACAUUUGCUGAUUCUGAUCCUGGCGAUGAAUUUUCCAACAAUCUCUUUUCAGAUCUCGCCCCAAUACUUGCUCUCUUCGGAGAGCAAGUAGCUAUGCAGUUCAUGGCUGAGUCUAUGAGUUGGGCAGACAGCAUCAUCUUUUCGAUGGCACCCAUCGGCGUUCUUACCGCAGUCGUAGGCGCGAUAAGAGUUGGAGGUGGGAGCUGGCUAAAAGCUCUUAUAGGGAGGGCGAAGGAGAACAUUGCUGUUGCCGAGUCAGAGCUGAUGUCGUCUACCUCUGGUGAGGUUUGUGAAGUUUUCAAUGGCAGGCAUGUCGUGAGAUUGAUGGGCAAACCGUCGAUCAAGGAGCUUAUCUUUAUGGAGGGCGGUAAAGGUAGCUUUAAGACGUUGUCAGAGGCAAUAAACGAAGGGCUUCUAAUACGAAAAGGUUUUUCAGAAUAUCCUGCCUUACAACCGGUGUGGGAAAAGAUCAAGGCGCAAGAGCUAGAGAUUUCGAGCCGUCUCGGUGGGCGUUUAUCGAAUAUCGGCCAUAUUCUACCACAAGCUCCGGCUCCUAGCUAUAGAGAUCCGGAGAACCUCGGAGGUAGCCAAACAUCAUCGCGUAUAAGUAUCCGGACAAAGAUCGAAAGAUAUUUCAGACCCAAGCCACGUAUUGAGGGAUGUGGGGACGAUCGUGGUACCCGGACAAAUUUCAAAGACUAUUUCAAACCUGAUCAGCUACUUGCGAUAUGUGGGAACGUUUGUGGUGCGACCAAGAAAUACCUCGACAGGAAAUGGCCAGCUGCUCCGGGUACCGAUUCGAACAGGUCAAAAAAGGAUGUCGAUAGGCUAAGCGAGGAACCUCCCAACAUAUCCCUGAACAUACACCUCCGCAACGGACGGUCAGAGAUCCACUUUGUAGCCGCGAUGGGGGUUAUCUUCCAACUUGGGGUACUUGUGUUUGACUGGUUCAUAACAUAUCACCCGGAUUUCAAGCAGAAGAAAGGCGGGAGAGAUGUGAGGUCAUACGCAUUUCCCCUUACGUGUAUGGGGACGCUAGUACUUGUUGCGGGGGUAUUUGUCUGCAGCUAUAUUAUUGAAAGUGCAACGACAGCCGAAAUCCAUAGAUUGAAUAGAUUGAAUUCGAAAGUCGGGGCCGGGGAUCUUCAAAUGUUGUGGAUACAACAAGGCGGGUCUGUCAACGAUCAGAUAUUCGAUUCCUACUUGAUUAUGGCAAGAAAGAGGAGUGAUCACGUCAUUACCUCCCGACGGCGAGGGAGGGAGAGGGGAAGUCGAAAAACCUUUUUUACAUCAAUACUCACUACUACUGGGGCGGUGGUUGCAAUUACAGGUUUUGUACUGCAGUUUGUGGGGCUUCGUUCGAUGACCUGGUAUGCCUCAAUAUCUCAACUUAUUGCUACCAUCGCUAUGAUUAUUCUGCGAGCCUACAUACGCCGCGGUUUGUCUAAGAGUCCUUGGGCGGUUGCGGUCCCAAAAGAUCACGAAAUAGAUUGGCUGGCAACGCGUACAUCGAACGACAAGGACCGUGGUAGGUUGCUGGGCCGGCGUGGGCAGGCAGCUGAAGGGCAGGCAGCUGAAGGGCAGGCAGCUGAAGGGCAAGGCCGGGAAACGCGUGGACAUUGGUGGUCGCUGCUUCUAGGAAUACAAAGGAAAAAUGGGGCACUGUAUCGCCCUUGGAAUGACAGUAAACCUGACGGUUUUUGGAAGAUGGGAUCAUUUGGGUGGGAGGUACGAAGCGUGGUAGAUUCGGACUUUAAUCGGUACCAAGAACUCAAAAAACUUACCGAGACCUCAGAGACUGAAUCAGCCUCCAUGAAAACCAUAAAAGCAAGAAUUGAUCUUAGGUCUAAGACAGGCUGGUCUGGGCCCGCCCUCGAGCAGGCUGUUCGUGUGGCCUCGGCCAUUGAAGCUUUCAUGAACGCAUUUUUCCCAAAGGAUUUGGGUGUGGAAAACCUAGUAUGGUCAAUAUCAAACGCCCCAGCAUCAAAAGCCCCAGCAUCAGACGCCCCAGUAGACGAUAUCACAUUCAAUCUGUCGCUGAAAGAUUCAGUAUGGAAAGCGGAUGUGGCGCAAAUUGAGGCUUUCCUCUCGCUCUGGCUAUUCUCAGUGUCGGAGAAAGAAUCGCAGGCAGUCAGUAGCAAGAUCCAACAGAGUAUAGAAGGCGGUCUCAGUGGAACGGCAUCGAGAAAUCAUAGCCUACGGCUCCUUGCGCUAGGUAAUCCGUCUAUACUUCAAUGCAUGUACUGGUGGCUCGGCAGCGCUGUUGCGUUGGUGAAAGAGGUAAAAAUUAAAAGUCCGAUCGAGAAGCUCCCGCCCGCGCCCGCGGUACUCCUACCAACGGCUACGGGCGACCUAGACCUAGGAACGCCCCAGGCUCCUGGGACGGAUGCAUUUGAGAUUGAGCUCAGCACACCCAAGGAAGCUGCUUGCAUCGAUACAGUUGACGCCAAUCGGGAGAUACGUGUUACUCCAAAUGACUGCGGCUCUAAAUCACCAAGUACGAUUCAAUCCAUCAAGUUCGAGAGGCAUCGCGUUCUUGGUUACUAUGAGAAGUCUCUAUGCGACAUUGAGCCGGUAUUGGGCGUGAUUUCUGAUGCUCCUCUGGAUGUUCUAUACGCUCAGGAGCUUUUCUCUGCAUUUAUAUGGUCCUUUGCUCAAUGCGAUUCGGUCAAAUUUAUACAGGGCUCGACCAAAUUAAUGCCACUGGUUCAGGAAAUGGACGAGUGUGGCAGAGUCUUUUUCGAAUCGAUAACGCUUGAACACAAAGAACUUAAUCGGGUGGUUGAGAAUAUAUCGCGGAGUGGCUUAGGAUCUGUCGAAGAUAUCAUGUUGAGUGUUAUACCUCCGUUGAUGAUGAAGCAUAAACUUCCUGAUAUGAGUGCGGUGAUUCACUCUAUCAGGGAACGUGGGCGUGUUCAGGAGUCAUAUCACCGUUGGCAGGAAGCCGGUGAGCUAUACCUGUGGGGCUUUAUGGCUUUUCGACCCAAAUAUAUGGGUAUGUAUCAGACAGCAAUUGAGCAGGCGACCUGUGCAUUGACGGAGUUUAUGCGGGAAUUGACUCUUGAAAUAAACAUGACUGAACAAUUUCGCGAACAGAAAUAUCACCGGUUUGAGGGGAAGAAAUUUCAGAGAACUCAAGAACUUAUCGGACUACGGAAGAAAAUAACCAAGGCGUUGAAAAAAUAUGGAAAUGGAGACGUGUUGAUUAAGAUCAAUCAGAUAAAUAUUUGGCAGAAAAGAGCAGAAUGUUCCCAAGAGUGGCAAGAGUGGUUAUACAGCCUGAAAUCCCCGGGAGAGACAGAUGAUAGAUCAUAUCCGGAUGCACGUGGGUUCUGGACUAAACUGCAUAACCUUGUCGCAGUGGAGAGUAAUUUGCCUGAAGACGUUAAUAUCAUUACGAAACAGCUCAAGGACAAAUCACGCGGUGUUUCGGAUCCAACAGAUUUUGCUGGGUAUACACCCUUACAUUACGCGAAAUCCAAGGCAAUCGCUAAAAUUCUUCUCGGGGCUGGGGCGCCAAUAACUGCUAAGGGGAACGAUGGAUUUACACCACUUCAUAACGCGGCUCGGACGGGGCAAAAGGACCUUGUGGCAUUACUUAUAGAGCACGGGUGCGAGUUGAAUCCUCGCGAUAGUCGUAGAAGAACACCACUACACUGGGCUGCAUAUGGUGAUCACGUUAAAGUAAUUCAAAUACUUUUGGGGAAAGGUGCCGAUCCUCUUGCGGUCUCCGAGCAUAGGAGGAACCCACUACAUAUGGCGGCCAGUAGGGGUAAUCUGAGAGCAGUAAAAAUGCUAGUUGUGAUUGGAAAGGUGGAUAUCAACAUCAGAGAUAACGAUGGGCGCACCGCACUGCACUUGGCCGUCGCUGGAAACCACGCUCACGUUAUUUCAUAUCUCUCCGGGCUUCGGAAGGGCUGGCCUGAGGAUCUGUCGGGAUACACAGCAAUCCAUCUGGCGGCCUUUUUGGGUGACAAAUAUUUCGAAGAGGCCUUCAAGGCUUUUCUGGAAGAUGAUCAGGGAACCGAGCCAAAACGCGGGAAGGAGGCGGGUCAAAAAGUCGAAAAAGAGAUUGAGCAGAAAGCCGAGCAGGGAGCCAAGGAAGGAAUCGAGCAAGAGAUCGAGAAGGAGGCCGAGCCGAAACCCGAGCAAGAAACCGCGCUGGACGCUGAGCAAGAGACGAGUAAAGAAACUGAGGAAAAACUCUCGCAAAAAGCAAAGGAAAUAUUGAAUCUUCCGACUUCCGGAAGAGGGGCAACUGUCCUUCACGUAGCUGCACAGUACAACAAGCCUUCGGUGAUCGAAUUCAUCCUCUCCCUGAAUCACGCCCCAUCUAUCGACCAACCGGACAAUACCAGCAGGACGCCUUUGAUGUGCGCAGCAAUACACGGUAAUAAUUCUGCGGUGAAGCUUCUUUUGGAGAAAGGAAGCAAAGUAGACGCAACAAAUACCCUUGGCAGGUCGGCACUACAUCUAGCGGCGGCCACGAGUGAAAGAAAUAGCACCUCGGAUGUUAUCAGAACCCUCCAUGACGCAGGGUCCAACAGUAAUUUAAAGGACAAAAACGGCUUCACGCCUUUGAUGUGCGCAGCAAUGCAUGGUAAUAAUUCUGCGGUGAAACUUCUUUUGGAAAAAGGAAGCAAAGUGGACGCAACAAAUACCCUUGGCAGGUCGGCACUACAUCUAGCGGCCACGAGUGAAAGAAGUAGCACCUCGGAUGUUAUAAAAACGCUCCAUGACGCAGGAGCCGACAGUAAUCUAAAGGACAAAAACGGCCUCACCCCACUUCUGUGCGCCGCAACAACUGGGAAUGACACUGCAGUCGAGGCUCUUAUUCCUAUAAGCAAUAUAGACGCAGUGGAUAAUGGGGGACGAACUGCUUUGCAUCUCGCUGUUGCUUUUCACCUUGAUGCGCCGCCUGCAGGCACUGCGCCGUCGAAGCGUUCAAUCAAACGUUUACUGAAGGCUGGUGCAAAGACAAAUGUUCAAGACAAGCUUGAAAAGUUUCCACUUGAGUAUCCCGUUGUUGAAGAGCUUGAUUGGCUAAGAGUAUAUCUCCUUGAGAACGGCGACGUCACAACUAUUCAGAUGGAAGAUGAGAGGAUGAUUCGUUGGAGAGCAGGGUACUGGAACGAGUCAACUGACAAUGAUUCCUCGGAAGAUGAAGAUGAGGAUGAGUAG